ACCCUGGAGUCUUUCUUCUCCCGCGUCAAGCUUAUGCCUUUGAAAAAUUCAAGCAGAAAUGGUGUCCUUGGCAUCGACUGCUGAGCAAUCUCUAUAUUGCUCGGCAUUGCUUCUCAUAAACCCAUCAUCGCCUUUCUUUCCCCAAAAUGAACCCCCGACCUGUCUUACUUCUUCUUCUUGUCAGCUUGGUCUCAUCCCAAGCUCAUCAAUGUCGCUCGGACCAGGCAUUGGCUCUUCUCCAGCUCAAGAAUGACUUCUCCUCGAUGAUCAGUUUAAGCCCUGCUUGGAUUCCCGAUACCAACUGCUGCAACUGGGACGGCGUCAUCUGCGACGCAGCAUCGGGUUUUGUCAUCUCCCUCGACCUCAGCAACCAUAAUAUCUCUGGUGAAAUCAGCUCCUUGCUUUUCGAGCUCACUUCACUUCAAAGGCUUAAUCUCGCCUAUAAUGUUUUCGACGGAAGUUCUCUUCCGCCCAUGGGCUUUGAGAAGCUUGGUAAUCUCACUCAUCUCAACCUCUCCAACUCCGGUUUUGCCGGGCAUGUUCCCAGCGGGAUCUCUCGCCUCAAAAAGCUGGUAUCUUUGGACUUAUCCGCCUACUUUUUCGACGGAGAGGAGUUGGAAACCCCGGAUCUCGGCGAACUCAUCGGUAGGCUCUCUAACCUCCAGAAGCUGUAUCUAGAUGGGGUUAAUCUUUCUAGCAAUAGCAAGGAUUGGUGUCAAGUUAUCGCCAAAUCAGCUUCUGGGCUUCAAGCUCUCAGUUUGUCAGGUUGUUCGCUUUCGGGACCGAUCCAUGAGUCUUUGUCCAAGCUCCAGAAUUUGUCAGUAAUCCAUCUCGACUUGAAUCCUUUGUCUUCCGAGGUGCCUGAAUUUUUUCAAAAUUUCUCUUAUCUGAAUGAACUUAGUCUAAUUGACUGUGAACUCUAUGGAUUGUUUCCGCCUGGUGUGUUUCAACUGAGGAAUUUAAAAGCUCUUGAUGCGUCCCUCAAUCCGAUGCUCUCGGGGUAUUUGCCAGUAUUCCCCAAAGAGAGUGUUUUGGAGAAGUUGAUCCUUGAGUACACAAAUUUUUCAGGUAGUUUGCCGGAAUCUUUGGGAAAUUUGAAGUCUUUGACAAAGUUGGCUCUUACAAGUUGUAACUUCUCUGGGCCGAUUCCCUUUUCCUUUGGAAAACUCAACCAGUUGAUUCAUUUGGACCUCUCGUUCAAUGGUUUCACUGGCAAAAUUCCUCCAAAGGUGGGUGGCGAGAGAAUCUCACAAAUCAUUCUGUCUCAUAAUGGCUUUAUUGGAGGCAUACCUCAAUCUUUUGGAGGGCUUCAGAAUCUCAGAAACCUUGACUUGAGUAAUAAUGCACUCAAUGGAUCAAUCCCAGUAACUUUGUUCACACUCCCGGCAUUGCAAGUGUUGCAGUUAAACCGAAACAAAUUCUCCGGUGAGCUGGAAGAGUUCUCCAAUGUGUCUUCUUCAUUGGAGGAUGUUGAUUUGAGUGACAAUGAACUUCAAGGAAAUAUUCCAAAGUCGAUUUUUGAGCUUUCAAAUCUGAAGUAUCUGUCAUUGGCUUCAAACAACUUCAAGGGCACAUUGGAACUGGACCUGAUAGGGUGCAUGAGGAGUCUUUCAUACUUGGAUCUCUCAAGCAACAAGUUGUCCAUAUCAAAUGGCUCUGGUAAUUCUUCUCUCCUCUUUCCCUCCAUUACUACUCUGAAAUUGGUAUCAUGCAACCUGACCAUCAUCCCUCCUUUCUUGGAACAUAAGCUUGACAUGACCUUCCUUGACCUCUCAAACAAUCAAAUUGGUGGUGCUAUACCAAAAUGGAUAUGGAGCAUUGGGAAUUCAGGUCUCUCUUACUUGAAUCUGUCUUACAACCUUUUCACUUACGUUGAUGUUCCUUAUGCUCCUCCCCUCAAUUUUUCAAUGAAUUCCUCCUCAAUGAUUCUUGAUCUCCAUUCCAACUUGCUUCGAGGUCCAAUUCCUCUCCCCCCACCAAACACCCUAAUUUUGGACUACUCAAACAACUUCUUCACAUCUUCCAUCCCAUCCAACUUCUCUUCAUACCUCCCCUUCACUCUCUUCUUCUCCUUGUCCAACAAUAGCGUUGCUGGAAAUAUCCCACCGUCCAUUUGCAAUGCCACCUAUCUCCUAGUUCUCGAUCUUUCAGACAACAGCUUUAGUGGUUCAAUUCCAGAAUGUCUCCUUAGAGAAGUUUCUGAUCUACAAGUACUCAAUCUAAAGGGAAACCAGCUUGAAGGUCCUUUACCGCAGAAUGUUGGCUCACAGUGUAGUCUGAGGACAUUAAAUCUCAACGGCAACAAGUUGGAAGGCAAAUUGCCUAGAUCAUUGGCUAACUGUGGCAGUCUGGAGGUUCUGGAUCUAGGACAAAACAAGUUCCAGGAUUCUUUUCCCUAUUGGUUGGGAACUAUUUCUGCUUUGAAAGUCCUUGUUCUCAGGUCAAAUGAAUUCUACGGCCAGCUUGGGCAUCCUCCCGGAAGGAAUUACACAUUUGCGAAUCUACAAAUCUUUGAUAUCUCAGCCAACAACUUCAGUGGCAGUCUGCCACAGGAGUGUUUUGAAAAUUUGAAAGCAAUGAGGGAAGAUCCAGAGCUAUCCGACCCGACCAUUGGUGUUGAGUAUCUUCAUUUCAGUUCCAGCGACCGCUAUCAAGACUCAGUCACACUGACAUCCAAAGGCUUAGUUUUGACUUUUGUAAAGAUGCUGGCAAUUUUGAGAACCAUCGACUUCUCAAACAAUCAAUUUGAAGGUGGUUUGCCUAAAAGCUUUGGGAACCUUACAGCGCUCCAGAUGCUAAACAUGUCACACAAUAAUUUCACAGGACCAAUUCCAUCAGAGCUUGGAAAUUUGGUUCAAUUAGAAGCAUUAGAUCUCUCUCGCAACCAAUUCUCUUUGGAAAUUCCGCAGUCUUUGAUUUCCCUGCACUUCCUAUCCUUCUUAGACCUUUCGUACAACAAGUUAGUGGGAAGAAUACCAUUUUACGGUCAGUUCUCUACAUUUUCAAAUUCUUCCUUCGAGGGUAAUGCAGGAUUAUGCGGGAUCCCAUUAUCCAAGCAAUGUCCUGAUUCUAGUCCAGCACCGUCUCCUACUUAUCUAUUCUCGGAGUCUGACCAUUAGCCAAAUUGGCUGUUUAUAUUUGUAGAAUUGGGAUUCAUAGUAGGCUUAGCCAUAGUGUUUGGAUCUCUGAUGCUAUGGAGAAGUU